AUGUCCCAGAUCCCAGAUCCAAGAUACGUUACACAUUCUGCAUUCUUCGAAGAGAUUAUUGUAAACAAAGGAUCCCGUAUUAUUGACAUCUCUUCUUUUCUACAACCGACAGUGCUUCCGCUUGCUUCAACAGAGAAGGACCAUAACUUUUUGCUUGAAAGUCCAACAGCCACCUAUCGCAUUUCCUUCGUUUCCUCGUCCAUGCGGACUCGGUGUAUCCGGGCGCAUUCCACGUUUCGACAACUCGCCUUCGCCAGCACCUGCACAACGACGACCAUCGUCUGGUGGACUGUUUUCUCUACAAUACCAUUCUUGAGAUCUGCUGCGGUCGCAUCUUUUGUGUAUCCUAGAUUGACGCUGACUUCCUUGUCGUUGGAAAGCGGAUAUCGCCCUUUCUUUGGGCGGGCUAUCAAAGCCAUCCGAAGCACCACGAGAAGCGUCUCGAGUGCUACCACGGAAAUGAGCAUGAACUCGGCCAAGAUGGACGCGCCAGCGUCACACCGUAACAAGCAAGUGAUUUGGGAUGUCCUGAAAUGCAAAGUCUUUGAUGCUGUUGUGUCGUGUUCGUCACAAUCAACCAUAUUUUCCAUUCUGGAAAUAGCCGCCGGUUCGGGAAUUCACACUAGCUUCUUUGCAUCUCAACUGGACUUGUAUCUUUUGGAUCAAUCCUCUUCACAGUCAUGUUCCUGGUAUCCAAGCGAUCCUUCCGCGUCCGCUCGUGCGUCGAUACAAGCAUAUGUCGACGACGAAGUUGCCGGUCGAACAUCACGGGUGACUGUACAUUCCCCUUUAGAGUUAACUCUACACGAGUCUGGUGUAAAUCCUUUGGAAACGAGGAGCCUUCUUGAUGAUAUUAGUCAAGAACGAACAUUGCGCCUCAUUUUAUGCAUCAAUAUGGUGCACAUUUCACCCUGGUCGGCCACGGUUGGUCUCUUCCAACAAGCCGGAAUCCGUUUGGCCCCCGAAGGGAUACUCUUCUUGUAUGGACCUUUUCGUGUGCGCGGAACUUGUGUUGAGUCAAAUUUAAAAUUUGAAGAGUGGCUAAAAGCAAUGGACCCCAAUUACGGUGUACGCAACCUAGAGGACGCGGUUGCAUUGGCCACGGCUAAUGGCCUCGAGCUCGUGGAGACUAUUGAAAUGCCCGCUAACAAUCUGAGUGUCGUCUUUCGGAAAGCACUACCUUGAAAGUGUGUGAUAUGAUGCAACUGAGCGUAGAUCUUCAAAGGAUGCCUGCAAAGCCAUGCAUUAACUCAUCAUGAUUACGAUACCGAGCGAAGUAAAAAAUCGACAAAGUUUUUUCAUAGGCUUUGUCGAGACCAACGCCCCCCGAGUCUUAGCUCAUAGCCGACCAGGUAGAUUGAUGUUUAUAGAUCCUUGCGAAGU